AUGGAUGGAUUUUGCCACGUCAUCAAUACAAUGGAUGCGUUCUGUUCUCUCAAAUCUCAAGUUGUCGUUUUUGUUGCAACUUCGGUUCGGACAUUACCCAUGGAUUUAAAGAUCCGUUUUCCAGUUCACGUUGUGUUCCCGGAUAAGUACCAAUCUGCGGCAUUCCCAGCCCUUCUUUUGUUUAUUAGAAACAAUGGAGGGUCUAUACAAGCGUGGGACAGACACACACCAAACACGCUUGAUGCAGCGGUCAAGACAUUAGUGAGGGAGAUUACCCUUCCACGAACGGAGGGUGGCGACGUCCGACUUAUUUUCCCAAAGCAAAUAAGUGUGGAAGACACUUCGAUGGAACAAAAUGAUUUCAUCCAACUUCCUGAUGGGAUACUCAAAAAGAAGGGGACUUUUAAGAUCGCUCCAUCCACGCCACUUUCAAGACACUUCAUCUCUCUCAGAUUCAACCAAAAGAGAGGUACUGCAAAGACUGUGUUGUACCUUCAACUCAUAUAUAAGGACGUUCUGAGAUAUGGAGGGACGGAAUUUCAAUUCGAAGCAAUAGAAACACGGCGGUUUGACUUGUCGCCGAGUUUAGUUGAAUAUUACUCGACACUGAAUAUAGGAGGAACAGCACAGGCGCUGUUAUACCGCCACCCCGAGUUAUUUUAUUUGAAGAAACGUUUAAAGAGAUGUAUGAUGUCGUUAUCAGCGAAACAUCAUCAGUUUUUCCAGGUGUAUAAGUUAUUGAAUUAUAUGAUGGUGUCGCCGAUGUACUCCCCACUGAACCCACACUUGUCCGCACAAUAUCAACGAGUACUUUUGGACUGCGAUCCGGCAUUUUUAGUCGACACAUUUCUUCCGAAGGUCUACACGUUUGCGACGUACCAAAGCGAAAGCGAGGAACUGUAUAUUCCAUUGAAGAAAGAAAAUAUUAAAGCACUGCAGGGAGUUGCUGUGGUUUUUUUGUCGUUCAUGAAAAUUGUUGUUGUGAGCCAAGAAAAGGAGAUACAUAAGGAAGGGAAUAGCGUUGGAGUGUUUGUGGAAAGGAUGAAAGAGAACGUUAACUACCCAAUUGUAAUGAGCGAGUUGAUUAUCGGAAGGGAAGACUAUGAAGUGUUGGGAUAUUGUAUGCUCGAUGUCGACGAAAAUAAGUCGUUUAAGAUGUUCAUCUCGGAACUCAAUAGUUUGUACGUUAAAUAA